AUGUCUUCAACCAUCACCGAAACUGCGACUCCAGUCGUCACAGUGGCAGACGACCAGGUAAGUAACCUGCCCUCGUUUACACGCGCAGAAGACGAUGCCUCGUAUCAGGCUGUUGCUCGUGGAAACCGGGCAGGGACACUGAAACUGCGCGGGAUCCCUGUGCACAAAGACGUGUAUGCGCAGAGACUGUGGAUGAAACAGCAUAUGGCGGCGGCUUUUCGCUUCUUCGGAAAACAGGGAUAUGGGGAAGGGGCUUCUGGCCAUAUCUCGAUGAGAGAUCCUAUCCUCAAAGAUCAUUUCUGGAUCAACCCGCUCGCAAAGCACUUUUCGCUUAUCAAAGCAUCGGAUCUGGUCUUGGUUGACGACGAGGGUUUUGUAUGCGAGGGUGGAAACCAGGCUGUGAUCAACGAGGCAGGUUUCAUGAUUCACUCCGAAAUCCACAAGGCUCGCCCCGAUGUGGUGGCUGCUGCUCACACCCAUGGAAUUUACGGCAAGACGUGGAGUGCGUUCGGAAAGCCUGUAGAGAUGCUCACUCAAGAUGCCUGCAAUCUGCACGGAAAAGUGAGUGUUUACGAGGAACACGGCGGUAUUGCACUCGCCCAGGAAGAAGGACAGGCCAUUGCCAAGGCUUUGGGAGACAACAUGGCUUGUAUUCUGCAAAACCACGGGCUGUUGACUGUUGGCAGCACUGUCGACGAGGCAGCUUUUCUCUUCUUUAGCCUAGAUCAAGCAUGCCAUUCCCAACUUUUGGCCGAAGCAGCUGCAGCAAAUGGCGUCCCCAAGAGGAUUAUUCCUGACAACAUUGCUCAAUACACGGCGAAAACAGCCCAGAAUGCGAAUAAUCUAUACAUGGAAUUCCAGCCCGAAUUUGAGCUUAUUGUCGAAGAAACCAAUGGCAGAGUAUUGGAGUAG